AUGCCUUCGGAUAACCACGUCAAAGCGGGCUUGGCUCUCAUCGAGGACAAGUCCAAGAUCCUUGGCUUGACCAUUGGCAGCCAUGAGAACGUCCAGCCAGGCACAUGGCUACCCCGCAAAGCAGCCCAAGAGCCCCCAAAGCUCACCUUCGCCGGGGCCAACCCCACCAGCACCUACCUGGUCGUGGGCUUGGAUAUUGACGCUCCUUUCCCUUCCUUCGGAAUCCUGGGACCCAUCCUUCACUGGAUCCAGUCCGAUAUCAAGCUCAACAGUGAGGGUGUACUUGUAUCUGACGCGCCUUUCGUUGCCAAUUACAUCGGCCCUGCUCCUCCCCCCCCUGCAGACUUUGAUCUCACGGCCUAUGCGCCUGUCGAUGGCAAGAAGCUUAGCAAUUCGAAUCGCAUGCGGUACGAUCUUGAUGCUUGGGCGGAGGAGAUCAAGCUUGGUCCUCUUGUGGCUUUCAACUAUUUCACCUCCAACUAG